AAUAGUGAUUAAAUUAACAAUCACAAUUUACCGAGAGUUAUUUCUAGAUUAGACUGACUACUGCAACGUAAAAUUGACCAUGUAAAAUACGGUUUAAAAAAUCUCUGCGUUUUGAUACACCAAAAACUACACUGUUUUGUUGUCAGUUUUGUUUUUGUAUGCACUCAAAAUGUUUCAUUCUCGUGGAUUUAUUCUGUGGGCGUUGUUGUUUACUACGUGCAUUAAUCUGUCCUGCAAGGGGGUUAGUGCACUAAACGAGACUGAAAUUAAUGCACGGAUUAGCUUAGAUUGCACUGACGCUGGGACGGAGGUGACAAUGGACAGAGAUUUGGUUUUGGAUGGUGUGGGUCCAUCCGAGUCAGUUAUUCUGUACAUUGGAGACACUCACACAUGCAACUUCACUGCAAACUCAAGCGGAGACGGAUUAGACACCGAAAAUAUCUACCGGUCCCCAGACGGGUCUCAGUACAUCUUCAGCUUCAGACAUCCGGAGUGUUUGGUCAACCGAGAGUAUGUAGCUGACACCCUCACUUAUACUGGUGUAGUCGGCAGGAGAUCCCUAUUUGUCGAGGGAGAGAGUCCACCCGUGACUCGCAUUUACAACGUUGACGUCAAUGUGGAGUGUCUCUACGAGCUGAAGAGUAACGUCUCUCUAGCAGAGGGAUUUGUUGUACAAGGAUUAAGUGAGGAAAUAGAGGAGGAGGGGGUGCUGACAUUGCGCAUGAUGCUGUUCCGCGACAGGAGGUUCGGCAGUCCCUUCCCCACUGACAACAACACACAAAUGAUUGUCGUCAACCUCGGUCGGAUGAUCUACGUCGAGAUCACAGAAGCACAUGUUAACAAUGACGACUACGAACUGAUGGCUGAGAACUGUAGUUUAUCGGACAUUGAGGAUAUAUCGAACCCGAGUGCCCUGGUUCAGCCGAUUUUGAAGGACUUUUGUCCCACUGAUGUUGACAUGUACAAUCACAUCGACCCUCCUUUUAAGAAUGUCGUUCGGUUUUCAGUUCCUGCUGUCGCCUUCAUGGAAAACGCAGCUUCAACAUUCAUCACUUGCACUGUCAUAGUGUGUGAGCCAGAUGACGCAAACAGCAAAUGCGCUAAAAUCAUCCAGCAAAGCUGUGGCGCCAACGGCACGACCAGUCGAGCUAGAAGAUCGUCAGGCGAGGAGACCCGUGAACAAACAGGUGACGAAAGUAGAAACACCGGCAACGAAUUCGUGUCCCGAGAGAGGGCGCAAAGUGGGAGGAUCCAAGUCAGACAUCUCAGCUCGGAAAAAAGCGAGACGACCGUGUUGGCGCCAUUUGGGGAAGACGCAACUGCACAAGUGACUACAGGGGCUAGUGGAGGUGGCCUUCUGGGAAUCAUGGUCCUGGCAAUGGACUACAUCAGGGACAGGUGCCAGGAAGGGUACAAUGUAGCCGCCGAUGUUUAAUCAGUGAUACUCUCGGAGAUCAGAAAACAAAACAAAAAGAAUUCGAAGAAGACAAAAGUCAAUUUAAGAAGAAAAGAAGAAACGGAGAAGAAAUGUAUGGAAGUUAAUAAAGUUUUCAUUAUUUUUUCACAAAUUAGUGCUGUAAUAUAUUACAAACAGGGCAAAAAGAUGAAAGUUAAGCAGUAUCUUAAAUAGCCCAUCAAAAACGCUGCUUUUUGGGUACAAAUUUUGAAGAUUUGUUUGCGUCAGCAUUGCUAAAAUUGAUUGAAAUUGCAGCUCAUUUUCCAUAUCUUUUUUUGUAAAGCUGAUAAUUUCUGUAAAAUAUUUUAAAAUGAAAUUUUUAUUAAUCAGAAUUGUCUCAAAGAAAAUAUAAAUUAGUUUUUG